AAGAGCACAAACUACGCCUCUUCGUUGGAGGUGUCAUUAAACUAAACACAGCCCGAACGAUUCGCAGCCUAUUGUGUUAUUAUGUCUGGUAGUGGUGGAACUCGUUUUAAGCAUCUUUACAGUAAGAUGAAAGCCACUAUAAUCACACCUCUUCUUCUCUGCGGCCUCAGUUACGUCUCCGUCUCGGACUCUGAGUUUCGCACUGUGGAUAUUCGGUCUGGUGUAAAUCUCUCGCUGCUCUGCUCCAAUUUUAGCAGUUCCCCUACUCAGAUAAUCUGGUUCAAACUAUAUAACAGAACCCAGCCUCGCUGCAUUUCCUACAUGUACAGCGCCAAUGAACCCGCAUCAUUCUGUGGGCAGCACGAACAGAGCAAAUUCGAAGCGACAUCCAACGUGUCCACUCUCUUUUUCAAAAUUAAGCAUGUGGACGCGUCUGACUCUGGGCUGUACUUUUGUGGAUAUUACAUAAACAAACACUCUGUGAUUGUCAGUUCAACAUAUUUACAUGUUCAAGGUAUGGUUGGGGCAUUGUUUUAUGAAGACGUUCUCUCCCAACAAUUGGUGUAUGGUUCUACAGCACAGUUUAUUCUGAGCAUCCUUUUUGUAGAAGAGUCUGGUGAAGAAACAACCCUGAUGACGCUGAUCCUCAGCACUGUGACUGUCGUCGUCACAAAGGUCAUUGUUGUCCUUGUUGUCAGAAAGGGGUUUCAGUCAGGUGCUGUAUAAGAGUUGGUAUCAUUACC